CUGUACUUGUUUACAGAGGAACAGUUUUAAAGCCCCUUCCUGGCCCAGUACCGUAACGCCCACUGCAAACAUUUCGCUGAAACUUGCAACCGCUCUUGGAGUCUGCUUGUUCGGCAUGCUUGUUGCUCGCUAUAGCACUCACAUCAUUGCGCAAGUCCGUAACGGGCGCAACGCUGUAUUCGGUGCCAAGCCCGCGUUCAAGGGACCCAUCGCUGCAAGCUCAGCGCGUGCGCCCGCGACCCCCCUAGGGGCCAGCCCCGCCGACCCCGCCGCGGUGCCCCACGCCACGCGUCCCGACGUCAGCCUCCGGGCCGUGAACGAAAACAGCGCCAGCGGCGUUAGCGCAGCUGCCGGCAGCUCCUCCAAGAUGGAGGUCGCGACUCUGGGCGGUGGCUGCUUCUGGUGUGUUGAGGCCUGUUACAACAUGCUGAGGGGCGUGCAGUCCGCCAUCAGCGGCUACGCCAACGGCGACGUCAAGGACCCCACCUACAAGGCGGUCUGCUCCGGCACCACCGGGCAUGCCGAGGUGGUCCAGAUCACGUACGACCCCACCGUCAUCUCCUACAAGGAGAUCCUGGAGAUCUUCUUCACCGUGCAUGACCCCACCACCAAGGACAGGCAGGGCAACGACGUGGGCACUCAGUACCGGUCCAUCAUCUGCACACACAACGACGCGCAGCGCGCCAUUGCGCAGGAGGUGAUUGCCGACAUCAGCGCCCAGGGGCUGUGGCCGGCGCCCAUCGUGACUCAGGUGGAGCCGCUGGACGUCUUCUACCCCGCGGAGGACUACCACCAGGACUACUACGUACAGAACCCGGGCCAGGGUUACUGCCGCGCCGUGGUGGGGCCCAAGGUCGCCAAGUUCAGGCAGAAGUUCGCCAAGCUGAUCAAGGCGUGAUGAUGAGGCAGCAGAGCGAGCUGCUAGCUAGCUGGCGCCGCCGGCGAACUGGGGACAGGGGACAGGGGACAACAGGGUCCGUGCCAUUUACGCGACCCCGCCGCAUUGCCGCGGCUGCUACAGGAGAGGCACGGCUGCGGCUGCUGCGCUGCUGCUGGAGGUGGCGUGCGUGUGGCUGCAGUGCUGCACGUCAGCGACUGCACUGUACAGAUGUUCCGUUUGUUUUGGCUGAGCAGCAUGAGCAUAUUAUAGGCGCACAGGCAUGCAGGCGAUACACUGAGGAGGAACGUAGUGUGAAAUGGGCGGGAGGUGCCAGCCCCUAUGUAUGGAAGUGUGUGUUCUGCGUUGAGCAGCAGCGGCUCGUGCCGGUAAAGUUCGCCUGGAGAUUUGCUUUGACGAGCGGACCGGAGAAUUGGGCUGGAGUUGAAUAUCGUAGUUAGCUGUCCGCGGGAGAGGAGGGCGUGUGUAUGAUGGAUGACAAGUUGCGCGCACGAUCGUUGCGUGUCUUCCUGCCUCAUGGAAACCCGGAGGCCCGGGCCGGGGUGACCCUUAUAAUGCCAACAAAUUGAUAACGUCCUACUUGUUGUUCUCCCCUGGUAAGGCCUGACGCUUUCCU